AUGAGAUUGACCAUACCUGGUAGUAGCGUUGAGUGGACCGGCGUUCCAUAUUUUUGCCGAUGCACGGGGUGGAGUAUAAAUCCGGAACUUUAACUUCCAAAUUAAUUAUUUCAUACUUCUGAUAAUAAUAAUCGGGCCCAAGACUCGUUCUCCUAAUUUUUCAAGCUCCUCGGCGACCAAUUCGCCCGACUGACCCGCCAAACCAGCACUCUUUUCGUCGCUAAGUCUCUGCUUUGACAUACAAGUAUCUUCUCAAAACCCUUAGCAUGCUAUCUCACCGCGCAUUCCCGUUAUACGUGAGAAACGGAAGUCCAACCUUGUUUCACAAGAGGGGGCUCGUGUCAGCCGUCAAUAGCUCUCAUCGGUGGACUAGAGAGCGCAAGGACGAUGCGCCAAUGCGCUUGAUGCCACUUGGUGGCUCUGUAACUUAUGGAUGCGAAUCCUCUGACGGAAAUGGCUACAGAAAGUGGCUAUAUGAGAUGCUCGUUUCAGACGGCUUUUUAGUCACAAUGGUUGGAUCACGAAAAGCUGGUUCCAUGCGUAAUAACGAUAACGAGGGGUGGCGAGGUUUUAGAAUUGAUCAGAUACAAGGCAAAGCGAAAAUGUCUAUUCCCGCGCUCGCACCAGAUGUCGUCUUGAUCAACGCAGGCUCCAACGACAGCAUCCAAGGAUUCGAAAUCCAGCACAUUGGUAGACGCAUGGAUGAUAUGCUUGAAUAUGUUUGGAGGGAAUCUCCAUAUUCAACUAUCAUUCUAUCCACAUUGCUAGUUAACUUGGAUGCCAAAACCGAAUCACGAGUGCUGUGGGCCAAUGAACAGUUCAGAGCUGUGUCGAAACAAAAGGAAGUCGAGCAGAAAAGGAUUGUACUAGUAGAUAUGCACAAUCAAUAUGGACCGCAGCUUGACGACUUAAGCGAUGGAACACAUCCAAAUGACCUAGGUUAUUAUAAGAUGGCCCAAAUCUGGUACAAAGGUAUCCAGGAAGCUAACUCGAAAGGGUUCCUUCAACAGCCACAGGGAAGUAUAUGAAACCUUGCACCUCUGAACAGGAAUUCAAGAGGAUUCUGCUAACAUAAUGAACUUGACAUUUUCUGUACACGUUAAUAUACCGUCAGUCGCUAUGAUCGCUGUAAUAAUAAUGAACCCCAUUUAAAUGAUUAUCAGAUGUUGGCAUUAUUAUAUUUUAUCCAUUAAAAAAAAUACAUAUCAUCGGCCAGGUCACAACGAAAUACAUGCAGCCAACUACGGAUGGCAUCUCGGGUCGGCGCCGUGACACGCGUUAACAGAACUACACGUCGCAUUUUAG